UCUCUCUCUCACUCUCACUCUCUCUCUCCUCUCUCUCUCUGUCUCUCUCUCCCUCCCUCUCUCUUCCUCCCCCCCCCCAACCAACCACCACCACCACUCUCACCACCACUACCAUCCACCCACCCCCCUCAUCUUGGUGGUGUUGUGCGCAAAAUCUCCAGCGCCGGACGGACGGACGCAGUUUUUAACGGUACAACCGAGCGGCUCUGCGGGGAGGAUAUCCAAGAAGAGGAAGAAGAAGGAAAAAAAAAAAAAAAAAAAAAACCAAAUUCAAAGCAGACAUGGAUAUUUAACGCACAUUUGGAGGUUUUUUUUUUUUUUUUUUUUAAAUCUCUUUGUGGGGUUUUUUCUUUUUGUAUUAUUAUUUUUUUACAACCCCCCACCCCCCCACCCCCUUGUGAUGUUGCUGUUGCCCCGGGGGUGUUAAUUAAAACCUGCUCGAUGUCUCUCAUCAGUUUAUAACCGAAACAAAAUGAGGAUUUCUCUCCGCGACUGGUUUCUGUUGAUAUUCUCUGGCUUUUGGGGGCUGACAAUGGGUGCUUUCCCGACCAGCGUUCAGAUCGGUGGUCUGUUCAUCAGAAACACUGAUCAGGAGUACACUGCCUUUCGUUUGGCAAUCUUCCUGCACAACACCAGCCCGAACGCCUCGGAAGCCCCAUUCAACCUGGUGCCUCAUGUGGAUAACAUCGAGACGGCCAACAGCUUCGCCGUCACCAACGCCUUCUGCUCCCAGUACUCCCGCGGUGUCUUCGCCAUCUUCGGCCUGUACGACAAGCGCUCGGUCCACACGUUGACGUCCUUCUGCAGCGCCCUGCACAUCUCCCUCAUCACGCCGAGCUUCCCCACGGAGGGCGAGAGCCAGUUCACCCUGCAGCUCCGGCCGUCCAUCCGGGGGGCGCUGCUGUCCCUCCUCGACCACUACGACUGGAACAAGUUCGUCUUCCUGUACGACACCGACAGAGGUUACGCCAUCCUGCAGGCCAUCAUGGAGAAGGCCGGACAGAACAACUGGCAGGUCAGCGCCAUCUGCGUUGAAAACUUCAACGACGCCAGUUACCGACGACUCCUGGAGGACCUGGACCGGAGACAGGAGAAGAAGUUUGUGAUCGACCUCGAGGCGGAGAGACUGCAGAACAUGCUGGAACAGAUUGUCAGCGUCGGGAAACAUGUCAAAGGCUACCAUUACAUCAUGGCCAACCUGGGUUUUAAGGACAUCAACCUGGAGCGCUUCAUGCACGGCGGAGCCAACGUCACGGGCUUUCAGCUGGUCGACUUCAGCAACCCCAUGGUCAUCAAGCUGAUGCAGCGCUGGAACAAGCUGGAUCAGAGGGAGUACCCGGGCUCGGACGCCCCGCCCAAGUACACCUCCGCUCUGACAUACGACGGCGUGAUGGUGAUGGCGGAGGCUUUCAGGAACCUCCGCAGGCAGAAGGUCGAUAUUUCCAGACGGGGGAACGCCGGCGACUGUCUCGCCAACCCCGCCGCACCUUGGAACCAGGGCAUCGACAUGGAACGCACCCUCAAACAGGUCCGGUUGCAGGGAUUAACAGGUAAUGUCCAGUUUGACCACUAUGGCCGCAGGGUCAACUACACUAUGGACGUGUUUGAACUGAAGAAUAAUGGACCGAGACGGAUCGGCUACUGGAACGACGCAGACAAACUGGUCCUGAUCCAGGACUCUCCACUGCUUCCAAAUGACACUUCUGGCAUUGAGAACCGGACUGUUGUAGUCACUACCAUCAUGCCCCUGAUGAGGAACCCCAUUUUAAGAAACUGAGCCCCCAGUUGGACGCAAGCAGGAUAUGAAAAAGUCCUUAAUGGCAGAGUGAUGGACACAACAACCCGAGCCAAAAUGAAGCCCUAAAGACUCUGGGCGAGAGGAGAGACACGGCAACCCUAUGUUAAUGGACACCCCCCCUCCCCCCUCCCUUCCUGUUCAGAAAACUGAACAAGAAAUGGAGCCACUCAGAGCCGUAAUGGAGCCCCUCGAGAGGAAAAUGAAAUGCAAAUGGAGGGGAAAAAGACAGUCUCUUUUAAGGACGGUGCCUGUUGGAUGGACACCCAUUGAGGCCUAAAACAAAUGGCACAGUGUCUGUUUACUAACAUAAACAAGCUCCCACUGCACCUGUUGUGUGUGUGUGUGUGUGUGUGUGUGUGUGUGUGUUAGAUUCAUACAUUGUCACGCUUGGUGUGUUUGUGUGGCCAAUCACAGCUUGAAUCCCAUCCUGUUUUUUUUAGGAUUUUGUAAUUUUUCUUUCUGCAAAGGACCCUGAGCUGUAACGUGAGGCGGUGCCAGAGUGUGAAUAUACAUUUAUGUCUAACUGAAUUCCUGUUUGCUCUAAAUCUGUCACUUUUUCUCCGACUACCUGCUCCGCCAUACAGUACAUUACACACUCUGAGGGCUUCCUGUAAGCUUUAAAACAGCUUAGAAAGACUAAUGGUCCCAUAAUCAUCCCAGUUCAUAUCCAUCACGCUUUUAUGCAGCAUGAUAUUAUAGUUAAAGUUGUGACUGCUGCCUUUCACUCCCGCUUUUAAUGUUCGUGAGAGUAAUGUUUGUUUAGCAUAAACUUAAUGAAGUGUCUCAGUGUUAUAUUACAUCACAGCUGCCUCCGUGUCUUACAGACUUGUUAUAUAGGAGUGGGUUUUAGUUGCCCUCUGGUUUCAGUGUCUCGUUGCUGUAUGCACAAUUAUGCCUGAUAUUAUGACUGAUUUAAAAGGCAAAUAGUUGCUCUUUUCAACUGCAAAAACAUACCUGGAGCUUCUCUUAAGUUGAACUUUAAAGAGGGACUCCACACUUGGGCUGUAAACUAAAUUAUAUGACUGUAAUGUGAUGAAACACAUCAAUGCUAAUUUAUGAAAAAUUUGCAUUUCGAUGGUGUUACGACCCAGCUCAUAAAAGGAAAAGGAAGCAACGAAAAAACAAGAAGGUCAGAAUUCUUACAAACAAACAUAGGAACUAGAAAAGCAAAAUGGGCUGGUUGGUGCUGCUCAAAUCAAAGAAGUAAAUAUAACCAAAAGAGGACUGUAACUAUAAUGAACUGAGGGUUAAAUGGGGGCUCGUCCGGGUUAAAAAAUGGCUAAACACGCCAUCUACUGUUCCUUGCAAGGCCAAUGCUGACAUAGAGUCGACCAAUUGGGACUACUUUAUGUUGUGAUAUAGAUAUAAAAAAGAGCUUCCUUCUAAUUAGAUGAGGGUUUAUGCUAGUUUUUGCUAAACCUCUACUUAGUAUCUUUCUAUUCUGGCGCAGUGGUUCGGACUUGUGCUUUAGACGGCUGUAGAAACAACAGACUGCAAUCUUUAUCUUGAUGCCACACACUGACAUUCCCCCCCAAGACACAAGCUGUGAAUGUGCUUCUAGUGACUUUCUAGUGGUUUUGAGGCCACGCCCGCUAAAGUGUUUUUUAUAUUUGCUGAGAGGGAGUGAGCUAGUAGAAUAAGUGUAGUUAAAACUUUAAAGAACCUUGUGAGGCUCUUGUACUAGAACAACAACAAAAUAAGAAGUGACAAUGAUAUUAUUAUUAACUUUCUUUCAUGGUAACAUGAGUUCAGACAGAGAAUCCAGGGCACAGCCAGGGCUGGGACAUUGGUUUCCCAGAAUGGUGAAAGGCCUGUACUGACACUUACAGAGCCGAUCCGACUGAACCAGCUUGGUCCUGCCAAAUUUGAGACCCAAACUCUAGACCCAAGGCUAUAUUUUUGUCUUUUUGUCUUCAGAGACAAAGUUAUGUGCUUGCUUUGGAAAGGUUUUUUCACAAACAAAGAAUAACUAAUUUGAAAACAGCAAUAGACCAACGAACAGUUGUCACAAUAGCUACUGCUUAUUGUUAGCAUUUUUAAAAUGUGGCAUGGUUAGCAGCAGGUUAGCUAUAUAAUUAUGUUUUUGACUGGUACUAAUGUUAAGACUGUGACCCUGCUGAUGAUUUUCUUUCGUCUGUAGGAUUUAGGGACAUAAAGCUAUUAUUUGAUUUUGGCUUAAGGCUUUAACUGACCUCUGUGACGUCUCAGGCCAUAGCUGUCUGGAGGUUGGUGCAUUAACAGCGAAGCUCCCGUAGACAAGGACAAUCCUCUUAUUGGCAAUGUGAGGCUGAAAGCUUUGAUAAAGUGUGUCUUGGCUCUGAACUCCCCCAUUGCACUUUAAUUCUGGCACACUCACAUCAAUCUGCCAGAGGGGCAAGAAGUACGGACAGGGUCCGGCUAUAAUUAUGGUUUUGUUGUAGGUCUUAAAGGGAUUUUUGUGGAAGGACGACGUGUUUGGAGUUUGUGUAUAGAGACUGUUUUGAUAUCCCAAAUUCUUCCUACUAUAUGUAGCAUUGGGCCUCAUGUAAGAACCUAAAGAAAAGAUUUGUUCUUAAAGCAGAAACAAGCAACUCUCAUUUUGUGCUGAUUCUGGUUCCCCCUGUGGACAAAAGCUGUUGUGUUACCACCACCUUGUUUCAUUAAUUUCAAGGUGAAUCUGACCGAUGAACGUUUAUGCUGUUAAUUUAAUUAUUUAAAUAAAAUUACAGUUUAUAUAAUGGACACAGCUUCUUAAACCUGCAUGGUUGUUUGUCGGAGCCAGCGGAGGUCACGUAAAGCGAGUUGAGCUGCUCUCAUUGGCUGCAUAGUUUCGACUUGUCACAGGAAACAGUUAAAAUAUGUUUCUGAAAGGAUUUUAGGAGAGAAAUAGUCAACGCAGUAACAGAAUCUGGAUUCAUAUCUGAUCAUCACUGCCUAGUUUGAUAGUUUGAUCUGAGUUUGGUGCGUUGAGCUGGACGGACUCACUGAGAAUGAACCUGUCAAUCACAAGGUAGCCCCGCCCUAAAGCAUACCCUGCUUUAUGGUCUAUUUUACUCUAAAUGGGACCAUCAGUUACUAAAUGAACAUCAUGCUGUAUGGAAGAAGACUUGAAACUAGAGACUGAGACCAUAAACUCAUUAGGAAACUGUUUACUGAGCUCAUAGAUCAAGUGAGAAGUGGGCUCAUUUCUCCAUAAGAAUGCAUGAUAUCUGUGUGUUAUUGCAGCCAAUGGAGCUGCCCCUGCAGGUUUAAGACACUCCUGUGUUGGCUUCACUUCACAGAUUAAGAAGCUCUGUUCAUAAUAUAAACUGUCAAUGGGUGGUAUAACCUUGGUAGACACUGGCUCCUUUGCCUGUCAUACAACCAAAAAAAUACAACAAAAAGGAGAGUGUUAAAUCCAGGUAGAAUAAGUGAUAUGAAUAUGUUCUUACAUGAGGCCCACUGAAUGUUAGCAAAAAAGGAUAUUACAUAAAAAAAGAGACAAAACCUCAAAUUGAGUGAUUUACACAUCAGCUUACAGUUUCAGCUUUACUUGUAUUCAUUUUUUAUCGCAGCAAGCAGAAAGUGCUGCAAGAGCGCAGGUCGUCCAGGAGGUCGAGGCUCAGCUUGAACAAUACCCGGCAUUCAUUAAAGCACCAAGGUGAUCUGAAACCCUUGUCAAGGCCGUGACUGCAGCAACCAGCCGAGUGCACAAAAAAAGGGACAUUUGCGAAAUACUCUUUCUUAUUUGUGUUUUCAAUGAGCAUUAAAUCAAAUAAAAAUGUUAUUAGUGCCUCAAGUGGCUCCUGAUGACUGAGAGCCAGGAAUGAGUCGUUUACUGAGAAGCAUUUUCUGUGUUUGCUUCAUAAAAUGUUUUUAUUUUUGCAGUGAAGUUAUUGAACAGUACGAACCAUCAUUUUGCUGAUUAUUACUGAACAGAACAAAACACUCGCAGGUUUUAGUCAGUCUAACAAUCCUGACGUGUGUGUGUUUUGUGUGCUGUACGUAUGGAUUUGUGGCACCAAGCAGACCUUGUAGUGUGUGUGUGUGUGUGUGUGUGUGUGUGUGUGUGUGUGUGUGUGUGUGUGUGUGUGCUUUUAAUGGCAUGUUAAUUAGUCUCAUUAGGCCCGUGAGUGAAGCAGUGUGUUUGGGAUUAUUGACCAGUCUGUCAGCCAUGCCGCCCUCUGAAGCACUGCUCUAUUCUCAUGCCAGAAACACUGACUGCAUCCUUUAUCUCUGCCACUCCCUGUGCUCCUGUGGCUGCCAGCGCUGUCAUUCGCCCUGCUAUCAUCAAUCAUAUGGAUUAGGGAUGUUCCCCCCACCCCUCCCACCCUCAAAUAUCUGCAAAGAACAACUUGUAAAUUGAG